UAUUUUUGUAUUUUGUCUUCUAGGAGUAAUUUCGCACGCGAUUCUCUUUUCGCUCCUUCACUCCGCUCUUCCUCUUCCCUUCCCUGCAAACUUCCACUACUCGCUUUUCGCGGCUAGGGAAGGUCAUUACUGUAUCGCAUCGCAUGGCGAAUAGGCAUACCAUUAUCCUGAUGCAAACCUCUCCGAAUCGAGCAAGUAGAACAUUUAUGGAUUAUGGGUCAAUAACCCAAGCGAUGGAUGGUAUAUGUGGACUAUACGAGAGGAAGCUCAAGGACUUGAAUCCGGCCAUCAGAAACAUCACUUACGACAUUGGAGAUCUGUACAAUUUCAUUGAUGGUCUUGCAGACAUGAGCGCAUUGGUUUAUGAUCACUCAAUUCAGGCUUACUUGCCGUAUGACAGACAGUGGAUCAAACAGAAGACAUUUCAGCACCUCAAGAAAUUAGCAAAUUGAAUGAAGCGUACGCUGCAGCUCAAAUAGAGUGAUUGCUACUAAUAAUGAGAAGCUGAAAUACAGGGAAUAGUGUGUGAAGUGCAGAACUGGAAUCUUGUUUGGGCUUUCUGUUACCCCACAAUGUUGUUAAGCGUACUCCCCCACCACCCUUUAUGUCGUAGUGUACCUCGUGCAAAAAUAUGUUAAACAAUCUCAGCUUUCUCGGAUUACCGAUGGAAGUUACCUAUGUAGUGUAAAAUUUUCAAUAUGAACCGAGUAAUUGUAUGUAGACA